CACACAGCAGCAGCAGUGAAGAACGUUCCUGCUUCAGUGAGUGCUGACCCUGUAUCACACCCAUCCCAGAGCCUUUCACUGGUCGCUUCAAAAGAAAACCUUUUCAAUGAUGUCAACAGAGUAUGUGCAACCACUUGAUAUCCCAGAAGACAGAUUGGACAAGCGAGACUCGCACUGCAACCGUUUAGAUGACCUUUCAGAACAUUUCAUUAAGAAUUGUGACCUAAAAAAGAAACCAAGAAAGGGUAAAAAUAUCCAGACUUCCCAGAACAGUGAGCUGGAACAGAAGAAGCCAAGGAGAAAGGAUACACCUGCCUUACAUACCCCACCACCUAUACCAGGCAUCCUCUCAGAUUUUUCAGACCAUUUAAUUAAAAGGUGUGACAUCACCGAAAAACCACAGAAGGGUAAAGCGAGUUCAGUCUCUCAGAUCACUGAUCAGGAACAGAAAAAACCCAGGAGAAAAGAUACACCUGCAAUACACAUCCCACCCCUUAUACCAGGUACUUACCUGCUUAAAGAAGAAAAGCAGACAGUGAUUGUGGAAGAUGACGAAAAGGAUGGAGAAAAAACCCUUAUUUAAGAUUAUUGUGAUAUCUCCAAAACUAUUGUAAAUAAUUCCAGAUCAUUCAAAAUGGUAGUACAUAACAAAGCCCAUUUGUUUUUAUAAAUAAUUUUUGAAAGCAUGCACUGCAUUUAAGCUAGUACCAAACGCUUAUCUGUAACUCAUGGAGUUCAUGGCUAGCACUGGAAAAGAUGAAGUAAAUAGACUUGUGGUUAGGGUUGGAAGAAAUAUCUUGUAUUAUCUAGCCCUAUCAUACAGAAUUUUUCCUACACUGAUCCCAUCUGAAGACAAAAAAAAUUUUUUGAACAUCUCUAACAGUGGUCACAAGGGAUGCCAGCUAGCCAUUAUAGCUAGCAUCACAUAACAGGGUGGGAGCUGAGAGUGUGGGACACCCACUAACUAAUGACAGGCUUCUCUUGAGAAGAGAGCUGCUAUAAGUCUAUCCCACAGAGGGACAGGACCAGGCAGAAAGCCAGCUUCUACACCACCACCCCUUUUCCCCAUGGUUGUGAAAAUUUGCCUAAAGAUUUUAAUGUGUAUUUGUGUCCUGAUUCUGUGUUUCAUUACACCAGCUUUACUCUGGUGGAAUAUCAGUGACUGAGGUGAAGUUACAUUAGCAUAAAAGUGAACAAUCAAGUCCACAGGUCCUAAAAUUGAAUCCAAAUGUCUUUUGCAUGUACAGUAUAAGUUCAGUACCCAUAUUUGUAAUUUUCUCCUUUGUUAUAACCUGUGAGUUUGCUCUAAUACCAAACCUCAUUAGAGCCAUCAACUUUGAAACCUUAAAUAUUACAAAGCACACUGCUAUCAGAAAAGAAGCUUCCUAGAAGUGCAAUGUUUGUAAUUUAUACUAGUAUGAAUUAUUGAAUUUUUAGUGUCAAAGUUCUUUUUCCAAAGUUGGUGGAAUAUGAACUAGUUGGGUAGCUGAUCCUUUAAUCUGCAUGUUUUCUUUUGGUAAGUGCUUUUAGUUGAAUCCUAGCCUGUUAGGGGGUGCUGUUAAGAUUAAAACUCCUUAGAGAAUUCAGAGAUAAUCAUACACAAUAACGUUUUCACAAUAUUUUGUGGUAACAGUAAUUUACAAGUUAAUUCAUACAGAAUGUCUCACAGUGCGACCAAUAUAGUUCAAACAAAUUACGAUCAAUAUAGUUCAAACAAAUAGAACUAGGUACCUAAAGAACGUGACAUAAAACAGAUGGUCUGUGUGUAAAAACUGGGUGUUCUCAUAGUUGUUCUUACUAGGUAUCGACCCAUACAAAGCUCCAACCCUAUUAACAUCAGUCUGUCCUUUGAGUCCUUGACAAUCUCAGCAAAUAGGGCAAGGACUGUAUAGCCUAGCAGACUGAAUUCAAUUGUCCUUUUACUGUCCAACAUGCUUACCUCUUUAAGAGGUAGGGUGACCAAACUGCAAAUGUGAAAAAUCGGGACAGGGGGUAGAGGGUAAUAGGAGCCUAUAUAAGAAAAAGACCCAAAAAAUCAGGACUGUCCCUAUAAAAUUGGGACAUCUGGUCACCCUAUUAAGAGGGCUGAGGAACACUGAUUGCAAGAAAUCUUACAAUAUAGCUACUUCUGCUGUACUUGAGACUUCAGCUUCCAAAGCUAUUGAUCCAGCGACAUUCACAAGCAUUCAAUUCGUUAAUAAAUCUUUAGAGGUAAUGUAUACCUUGUAUGGUAAAUCAAUGACAAUACCAUAAAAAUUACAUAGCUAAACUUGUACAGUGGACUAGAAAUUAUUAAUUGGCUAUUUGACAGGUAUUUUUUACUGAAUAUUAAUGUAUAGAGUAGAUCGGGGUCGGCAACCUUUCAGAAGUGGUGUGCCGAGUCUUCAUUUAUUCACUUUAAUUUAAGGUUUCACGUGCUAGUAAUACAUUUUAA